AUGGCCCGCUCUGCCGCCAGGCUGGCGCGGGAAGCCACCUACGACGAGAUCAAGCUGCGAGUGCGCGAGGCCGCCGAGGGCCCCAUGCUGGGCAUCCUGGGCUUCACCGACGAAGAGGUGGUGUCCAGCGACUUCCUCAGCAGCACCUUCUCGUCCGUCUUCGACUCCAAGGCCGGGAUGGCGCUCAACAAAACGUUCGUCAAACUUAUCGCCUGGUAUGAUAACGAGUAUGGUACUAACGCAAUUCUAACUACCCAAAGAAUGGCGAAAAUUGGAAUUAACGGAUUUGGCCGCAUCGGAAGGCUUGUGCUGAGGGCUGCAAUUGAAAAGGGAGCAACGGUUGUUGCUGUCAAUGACCCCUUCAUUGAUGUAGCUUACAUGUGCUACCUCUUCAAGUAUGAUUCUACUCACGGUCGCUUUAAGGGAGACAUUGCUCCUGAUGGUGGAGACUUGAUCAUCAACGGUUCUAUUCGCAUUAAGGUAUUUCAAGAAAGAGAGGCAAGUAGCAUUCCAUGGGGAUCAGUUGGUGCUGAUUACGUUAUUGAAUCUACUGGAAUCAAUACCACUAUUGCCAAGGCAUCUGCCCAUUUGCAAGGAGGAGCAAAGAAAGUUAUUAUUUCAGCACCUAGUGCUGAUGCCCCAAUGUAUGUUUGUGGUGUAAAUCUGGAUUCCUAUGAUCCUAGUGCAACAGUUGUUUCAAAUGCAUCCUGCACAACUAACUGUUUGGCUCCUAUUGCAAAGAUCAUUCAUGACAACUUUGAAAUUAUUGAGGGUCUUAUGACUACUGUUCAUGCCUGCACAGCCACCCAAAAGACAGUUGAUGGUCCUUCUGGAAAGCUGUGGAGAGAUGGACGUGGUGCUGCCCAGAAUAUCAUUCCUGCUGCCACUGGUGCUGCUAAGGCAGUGGGUAAAGUUAUUCCAGAGCUUAAUGGCAAGCUCACUGGAAUGGCCUUCAGAGUUCCUGUUGCAGAUGUGUCUGUAGUUGAUUUAACUGUGAGAACUGCAAAGCCUGCUCCAUAUGAUGCAAUCAAGCAGAAGAUGAAGGAAGCUUCUCAGGGUGCUUUCAAGGGCAUCUUGGACUAUACUGAAGAUCAAGUUGUCUCUUCAGAUUUCAUCAGUUCACCUUACUCCUCUGUCUUCGAUGCUGAGGCAGGCAUUCCUCUUAAUGACCACUUCGUCAAACUUAUUGCCUGGUAUGAUAACGAAUUUGGAUACUCCUGCAGAGUGGUGGAUCUUGUUACUUUCAUGGCUUCAAAGGAUUAGACAUUGAACUGAUCUUCAAAACAAAGAAAGCGUCGAAGGUAGGAUGGUCUGCAGUGGAUUGUGUUCCAUGUAUUAGAUGAAGACUGUAAUGUCACAGAACCAAUAUUAAAUAGAAAAUUGCUCUGUGUAUUGAAAGAAAUGAACUCCUAAGACUUUGAAUGUUGUAGUGUAAAAAUAAAAAAAAGUAAUUUGUGUAUUGGCAGAAACACUUCAAAAGGUUCACUUUGACUGUAAUAAUGAAAGAUCUGUGAAUAAACCAAAAUGUAACCAUUCUUCUUGUACUUAUUUGACUAGAAAUAGACUCAAACAGCACUAGUCGAGAUGAGAGAAGAUGGUCUUUGUAGAGGAAAGAAAAUUGCAGAAUGCAUUAAUAUUACUUUUUUAAUUAGUAUUUAAUUUGUAUUCCUUCCAGUAUCUUUUACAGGAUGGCCACAUACUGGAAAAUGAAAAAUUGAGGAAUUUUUAGAAUCAUGAAGUCGGGGGAAUAUUUUGUGAGGUUAUAAAACUAGUUAUGACAGUAUACAUAUUUAUAAAAAAGUAUACUGUGAUAUUAUUUAUAAAAUAAAAGUAUUAUUUGCUCAAUUACUAUUUAUUGAUUCCUUAAAUUUUUACUUUUUCAUGACAAAAGAGGUGGCAAAUUAGUUACUAUUGGGCUUUAAUAUCCUGUUUCUGUAAUGUGAUAUUACAAAUCUGGUCAGUGAAACAUUUAAAAAUUGCUCUUGAAAACAGAACAUACAGGGAAUUUUGUUCCAGGAAAUGGGUGGACACCCUGUUCUAAUGUGUACCUGCCUAUUACUUCCCACAAAACAGGAUUUGCAAAUAAUUAGUCUUUUCUUUAAUCUACUCAUUGAAAUUUGGCAUUACAGAACCAGCAGUUCUAAUAGUUGCAAUAUUUAAAUUCAGGCUAUUGAUGCAAUAGUGGUCUAAUACCAAAUUCUGUGUUUAGGGAAAAUGGCUGCUCCAUUUUUAAAUUUCAGAAAAUGUCUUUAAUGUGAUUCUUUAUAAAACUACAUUUGGUAUUUCACAUACAGUAAAAACUGAAAACCAAAAUUUCUCAGGACAAAAAGUUGUUCGUAUUUUCAGGAGAUUGCUGUUUAAAUCAGUUUUUAAGUGUUGGACACUUGUGACAUUAUUAAUGAUUGAAUGAUUUUGGAAACUCUGAAAUUACAGAACUUCAUAUUUAUGAUUAAAAUAUGUGCACAGUAAUAAAUUUACUUAAGGGAACCAGUUAUUAAAUAUUUUUAGUUUCUGAAUAUUAAUAUGAACAAACCUCUGAAUCCAUACCCUACACCAAAAUAAUACUACUUUGUGUUUUCAUUUUUCC